UUCACUAUGGUUUUCGGUGAAUACGCUGUCAUCCUGACAAUUGCAAACCAUUUACGGUUUUAUCUGUAUGAUUGUGUCAGUAAAUAACGUUUAUGCAUUCCGGCUGACGUAUCUUUACAAUAUUAAGCUGUAGUUCGGAAGUUCUGCAACGACCUACAUUAUCCAGCAACCAGCUCUGCCCUAGGUCAUCGUUUGAGACGAUUGUUAUGCUGCUAGGCAGCUAGGUGGAAGAAUUCGAUUUUCAUAAACGCUAACGAGGGCGUAGCCAGAAGGUUCCACUCACCAAACGACCGCUCGAACUUGCUCAACAACUUACGCACUCCAUUGUUCCAACGCUAACGAGACAUCCUUAAUUAAAUUUUCAUUUCUGUGAAAAGACAAAGCGCCGCAGUCUGGAAACCAGAAAUUAAGCUGUUGUUAGCGAUUAUGUAUGAUAAUUCCACGUCGACCACCAUAACGGGUGCAUCGUUACCGGGUGCCUACAACGCCUCAGCGGCCAAUGGCGACCAUGCCGUCACCUGGUGGGAAUACGCGCCGGGGUCCAAUCAACACGCCAAAGACAGCGCUGUUCUAUUAUACGUCGUCUGUUAUCCCAUUCUGCUGACGGUGUGCACGAUUGGCAAUAUUUUGAAUUUGAUUGUCCUGAUCGGCUACAAGAAAAAAUGCACCACCAACUGCUACAUGAUGGCCAUGGCCAUAGCGGACAUUGUUUUUUCGUGGUCCAAUCUGCCAAAAUACAAUGCACUGACCAGUCAAGUUUUGCAGCGACCGUACAACGUGGCGGUCAGUCGAGCCGUGCAUCCGUAUGUUAUCUUCGCGAAGCACUGGAGCAUGAUCUAUUGUGAUUGGGUGCUGAUUGCGUUUUCCCUGGAGCGUCUUCUAGCGGUCCUUAUACCGCUCCGCGUCAAAUGGCUUCUCCGACCACGGACGGCCCGCAUCAUAAUCGUGGCGCUGUUUUUCCUAGCCGUCAUCUUUGCCAUGGAGCGCUUCGUUCUGGAAUAUAUCCGCUAUACAUACAAUGACUUCCCACCGUGGAUUAAACGGUGGAACGAGAUCGAGAAUAUCGCCGGGUUGACCGUCGUCGUGGGGAACUUCUCGAGCCUCUUCAUCAUCGACACCAUGAUCAUCAUUGCACUGCGCCGUCACCGCUCCGCCGUCGGCCACAUUCGCACCCAGCAAUCCAACCGGCAGCACAACAGCAACAUGAUCGUACUAACCGAUGUCGCAUUGUACCUCAUCUUCACCUUCCCUACGUUCGUCCUCAACUGCUUGAUCGAGGCGACCAACGUCAAGAUGUACAGUCUGACGCCGCAAUCGCGGCUGAUUGCCGAUCGGAUUUGUGUGGUGCUGCACCAAUGCGGCCACUCCAUCGGAUUUUAUUUAUACCUUAUCGUGAGCAAACAAUACCGGGAAUCCUUCCAGCAGAUGUGUAGCCACGUCGCUUGCCUGGGAUGGGCGAGAAAACACUGGAGUGUUGCCACGGAAUCGGCGGCUAGUUGGAAAUAUCGGAUGUCGGGAAAAGUUGGGGGUGCUCGGUAUUCUCAUCCAGCGAUAAGCCAGCAGAGCAGCGUUUCCGAAGACUUUGUCAAGCAAAAGCUAAGAGCCGGUAAAGCGUUGGUGAGAAGCCCAUCGACCGACGUCUCCCUGAUUGACCAGGUUCAAUGCAGCGAGAUCCCGAUGACCCCGGUGGCGCAUGCAGCAGAUGUGCAGUUCAAAGUUUAGACAAACCUGAGAUUGGGGCUUUUUUUCGCCAGCUCGGGGAGUUGCUGUUUGAUUCUGCUAGCGCUGUAUGUUUCGUACCUCUCAUAACUCAUCAGAAACGAUUCGGUGAUCGGUUAAGUUAAGAAAUUAAUGAAUGCUCAGGAUUGAUGAUAC